AUGAACAACCACUUCUCGGGCGUCGGCGAAAAGCCCGCUGAUGGCAGCUACGAUCAUGGCGUCCAAGUCAUUGACGAGGACAAGGACUUCAACACCAAUAUCACCGAGUACCUCCGCGUGACGGACGUCGCCGACGCUGGCUUCAACUACCACCUCAUCUCCGUCUUCGGCUCCCAGUCCACCGGCAAGUCGACGCUCCUCAACAACCUCUUCGGCACCGAAUUCUCCGUCAUGUCCGAGACGGAGCGUCGCCAGACGACCAAGGGCAUUUGGAUGUCCAAGAACAAGCGCAUCGAGAGCGCCGGCAAGAAAAUGGCCGACAAUAUCCUUGUCAUGGACGUCGAAGGGACCGACGGUCGCGAGCGCGGCGAAGACCAAGACUUUGAGCGAAAGAGCGCCCUCUUUGCGCUCGCCACCAGCGAAGUCCUCAUUGUCAACAUCUGGGAACACCAGGUUGGUCUGUACCAGGGUGCCAACAUGGGUCUUUUGAAGACUGUGUUCGAGGUCAACCUGCAGCUGUUCCUCAAGGACAAGCAAUCCACUCCGAGGUCGCUCCUCUUCUUCGUUAUUCGAGACCACCUCGGAAGCACGCCCCUCAAGAACCUCCAAACGACUCUGAUCCAAGACUUGACCAAGAUUUGGACCUCCAUUUCCAAGCCCUCUGGCCUCGAGAGUGCCAAAAUUGAAGACUACUUUGACUUUGGCUUCGCUGCUCUCCCCCACAAGAUUCUACAGGCCGAAAAGUUCACCGAAGAAGUUAGAAAACUCGGCGCGCGCUUCUCCAGCGCCCAUCGGUCCGGCUCCAAGGAUACCCAUGGCGAGGAAGAGCUGCAGGGUGGCAUCUUCCUGCCCGAGUACCACCGCCGAAUCCCCGCCGACGGCUUCUCGAUUUAUGCCGAGGGCAUCUGGGACCAGAUUGUCCACAACAAGGACCUUGAUCUCCCUUCUCAACAGGAGCUUCUGGCCCAGUUCCGAUGUGAUGAGAUCGCCAAGGAGGUUAUUGCAGCGUUUGACAUUGUUCUCACGCCCUUGGAAGACAAGCAGGUCGAAGCAUCCAACUUGGGCAAGAUCUUGGUGCUUGUCAAUCUUGGCAGUACCUGCGGUGAGGCCCGUCAAAAGUGUGUCAAUGCUUUCCAGACUCAAGCUAGUCGCUACCACAAGAAGGUGUAUGGCGAGAAGCGCAUCGAGCUCGAGGGUAAGAUUGAUAUCCGACUCAAGACUUUGUAUCAAGGCCAACUAGCUGCUUGCCACAAGGGCGGCGUCGCUGCCUUCACUGAUGCCGUUACCGGCAAGGUCAAGGCUGGUCAAAAAGCUGGUGGUAGCUAUGAAUUUGCCGAAAUUGUCUCGAGCGAAAAGGGCAAGGCACUCAAGGUCUUCAAGACUGAAGCCCAAAGUUUAGCGAUGCAGGGUGUUCCUUGGACCAACUUCAAGCCCCAGUAUCAGCUGUUCGAGGCUGACCUUGACGAGGUCAGUGGCAAGUUGCGCAAGGAAGAGAUGCGACGAUUGGCCACCCGUGUUGAAAGAUGGGUCAAGUCUCGCCUUGGCGAUGCUGUCAGCCUCGAAUUCAACAAGCUAGGAUCUGGUAGAGGCGGAUCUGGUGCCCCCGAGGAUGAGGAGAAGCCGGAGACUGAGAAGGAUCUUUGGGACCGCAUUUGGAAGGCCUUUACCGAUAUUGUCAGCGAGGCUGAGACGCGUUUCGUGGACCGUGCCAAGAGCUUCGAUGCUAGCGAAGAGGAAGUCGUCAUUGGCCUGUGGCGUCUUCGUCGCAAGAGCUGGGUUGGCCUCCGCGAGAAGAUUGAGGAAGAGGUCAUGGAAGGCAACAUCCUCCUGAAGCUUCGUGAGAACUUUGAGGACAAGUUCCGCUACGACGAGGCUGGCGUUCCUCGUAUUUGGCGUCCCACUGACGACAUCGAGGGCGUGUAUACCAAGGCUAGAGAGUCAACGCUGACAUUGAUACCCCUCCUUUCUCGCUUCCGUCUGUCGUCAACGUAUGCACCACCCGAUCUGGUGAGCUUCAUCGGCCACCAACCCAUCGGGGUUGAAGCUGGUGACGAGGAAGACUUGGCACCCAUCGGCGGCGUGGACGAGGAGGAGGGUAAGAGCCUGGAGGAGGAGAUGACGGUCUUGAGCGAGAGUAAGCGUCAGGAUCUCGUUGUACGAUUCAAGAAGACCGCAGAUGGUGUCUAUGUCGAGGCUAAGCGUGGCGCCAUCGGUGGCGUUGCACAAGUUCCUCUGUACUUUUAUGGUAUUCUUUUGGCGCUUGGUUGGAACGAAAUAUGGAUGGUUCUGCGCAACCCUUUCCUGUUUAUCCUCCUUUUACUCAUUGCCGGAGGCACAUAUGUCGCCUACACGCUCAACCUCUUGGGUCCCAUGAUGCAGAUGAGCAACGCUGCAGUCAAUCAGGGGAUGGACAUCGCCAAGCAUUCUCUGCGUGAGUUCAUUGCCAACUCUGACAUGGCUCGCCAGGCCCUUGCCGUCCCCGCCGACCAAGGCAGGAAUGCCGACAGCAUCAGCCUGGAUAGGCUCGACAGCCGCGGUAAGAAGACGGCCUCGUCGACGAAGAAAGACGAUGAUGAUGACGAAAUUUGA